AAACAAACCCUAGUGGUCAUUCCUCGUCAGCUUCUUCUCCUACCAAAUUUUUACCGGUAGUGAGAAAAUGGCCAUGAAGCUUUUUCUUAUUCGAAAACGUUUUCUAGCAACGCAAUCUACUAGUAGCUCACUAUCCCCAUCGUCUUCGUCUUCAUUUACGGUGGAUUUUCUCGUCAACUCAUGCGGGCUUCCUUUAAAAUCUGCUCUUUUAGCUUCCCGGAAGCUGAAGCUGGACAAAAAAAAUCUUCGAAAUCCUCCUUUCGUGCUACAAUUCUUGCAAUCUCACAACUUUGACGAAACCCACAUCUCCAAGUUGAUCGAGAAGCGGCCUGAAGUCCUCCAGUCCAGAGUAGAAGGCAAUCUCACUCCCAAAUUCGAUUUUCUCGUCGCAAAUGGCUUCGUGGGUAAGCUCCUUCACGACCUUAUCAUACACCAUACUGAGAUAUUCAAAAGGGCCUUAGAUUCUCGUAUUAAACCAGCGUUUUCCCUUUUGAAGUCGAUUCUACAUAGUAAUGAGAACGUUGUUGUGGCUCUUAAGCGUUCUUCGAGGUUGUUGUCGGCUGAUUUGAACGUUAAUGCGCAACCUAACAUUGAUUUUUUGAGAAAUGAGGGAGUUCCUGCUGAUAUGGUAGCAAAAUUGAUUAUCUUGAAUCCAGGAACUAUACUGAGUAAGCGUGACAGGAUGGUUUAUGCGAUGAAUGCUAUUAAGAAUUUGGGUCUUGAGCCAAAUAAUACAAUGUUUGUUCGUGCUCUUAUCGUGAGGUUACAAAUGACUGAAACAACUUGGAAUAAGAAAAUUGAAGUGAUGAAGAGUUUCCAGUGGAGUGAAGAGGAGAUUCUGGGGGCUUUUAAGAGGUACCCACAAAUAUUAGCAAUGUCGGAGGAGAAAAUCAGGAGUGCAAUGGAUUUCUAUAUCAAUACUAUGGAGUUGCAAAGACAAAUUAUAAUUGCUUGUCCUAUUUUUCUUGGAUAUUCAAUUGAUAAAAGGAUUCGUCCAAGGUAUAAUGUUAUAAAGGUUUUGGAGUCGAAGGAACUGAUUAAAGGAGACAUGAAAAUUUCUACUCUGCUAAAUACGAGCGAGAAGACAUUCUUGAUAAAUUAUGUCAGCAGGUAUGUGGAGGAAGUCCCUGGUUUAUUGGAGCUGUACAAGGGUACUGCCAAGAGAGCAGAGAAAGAUGCUUGAUGACAGAAAUGUAAGGUAGUCUGUGUUAUACAAGGAGCUACACAUACUUGCAAUUGCUUCCCUUCUUCUGUAUUAGACCUGGUUUGUUCCUGCCAUUUUUAUAUUUUUCAAUCAAUUCUUCGAAUGCUGAGUUCAAUUUCC